UCUCACCACUGUCGCAGAAACAAUCUUGUCGAUGUCAGUUCCAUCUCUCCAAUCCACCCUACAAGUUCAACUCUCUUCUGUUUACUCAAUGUAAGGUCUCUCAGAAAUAAGUCUUUUAUCUGUCAGGAUUUUAUUCUAUCAAAUAACAUUGACUUUUUUAUCAUCACAGAGUCUUGGUUAUGUCCCGAUGAAUACGCCCCCCUCAUUGAAACCUGUCCCCCUGAUUAUCUAUUUUUCCAUCAGCCGAGACCAUCAGGUCGUGGGGGUGGUGUUGCCUGUAUUAACAAAAAUGCUUUUAAGUGUUCUCCAGUUUCAUUUGGCUGUUUUACCUCGUUUGAAAUUCUCAGUUUUAUCAUCAGAAACAAUUUGCCUUUUUUAUGUGUCUUAAUUUACAGACCACCGAAGCUAAUCUCAGGUUUUAUCCAGGAUUUUUCUGAGCUGCUAUCUGUCAUAAUGUUAAAAUAUGACAGGGUCCUGAUCCUUGGUGAUUUUAACAUCCAUGUGUGCUGUCCUUCUUCCUCUCCAUUUGCUGUUGAUUUUAUUAAACUUUUAGAUUCUUUUAAUCUCACCCAACAUGUCAAUUUCCCCAGCCACUCCAAGGGGCACACAUUAGACCUCGUCAUCUCCAGUGGUCUCAAUUUGGGUGAGAUAAAUCAAAUCGAUUUUCCUGUCUCCGACCACAAUGCUUUGCAGUUCCAGAUUCCAUUUCUCUUUCCUGACUCCAAGCCUACGUCUCUGUUCCACUCUCGCCCCCUUAACUUACAAUCUGCUCCAGUUUUCUGCCAAGCAUUUACGAAAUAUAGGGAAUCUGUUAAUAAUACAAGUCACACUGUUGACGAGCUUGUCAGUGUUUUUAACAGCUCUUGCACAUAUAUUUUAGACUCCAUAGCUCCGGUCAGACUCAGACGGUCCAGGGCCGCCUCUUUGCCCUGGAUAACUGAGGAGGUAAGGAACACAAAGAGACAAUGCAGGAGGGCUGAGAGGAAGUGGAAAAAAGACAGAAACUGCACUUCUCUUGCUACUUUGAAAGAUUUAAUGUUUUGCUAUCAGCUCAAAAUCAAAGAAGCAAGAAAUUGUUACUUUUCCAAUCUUAUUAGAACCCAUGAUCAUAAUCCCAGAAUCCUCUUCAAAACAGUCAACUCUAUUAUUGGUCCUCCUCCUAAUCAGCCAGUUGAACCCACCGCUGAAAAAUGUGAGCGAUUUCUUAAUCAUUUUAUUUCAAAAAUCAAUAACAUCCGCCAGAAUUUCCACUCCAUCUCUAGACAGCCUGACUCUGAUUCCUGUCCCCCUUCCACCUUAACACAAUUCAGCCAAAUUUCUCUGUCCACCCUGGAACCUUUUUUAUCCAAGAUUUUAGAAAAAACUGUGGCAUCCCAGUUAAUUUCUUUUAUGAAUGAAAAUCAGGUUUUUGAAAAAUUUCAAUCAGGGUUCCGUAGGCUUCACAGCACAGAGACCGCUCUGGUCAAGGUUGCUAAUGACCUCCUGCUGGCCGCUGACUCUGGUUUUUAUUCAGUCUUAAUUCUCCUCGACCUCAGCGCCGCCUUCGACACGGUCGACCACAGUGUCUUGAUCAAUCGUCUGAAGCACAGUGUCAGAGUCCUUCUCUGUCAGUCUCGGUGA